AUGUCGAAACAGUAUUCAACAUGGGCAUCAAAUCAAUCUGUACCAUCCGUGAGCACAGAUACAUUAACGAUAAAGUUAAUAGCUAUGAAAGUCGAUGAACAACACGCAUUAAAAACUAUUAAAGAAUUUCCAGCUGUCUCAAAAAUGAAUGUUAGCAAUCACGCACAAACAUCACCGGCACCCAUUGAUAUUCUACCUUCAUUAUCAAACGAACAGAAUUUUGUUGAACAAUCCUCAAAAGACUCAGCAUCAGCACUAAAACAAAACCUUAAAUAUAAACAUCAACAGAGUAAAAUACGUCAUCUCCAUCGGGAACGAAAAACUUGCGUAGAACAAAAACCAACAAAUAUUUAUGCAUCAAAAAUUAAGAUCAUGAACUCGAAAUAUCUUGAUCGAAAUCAAAAAAAGGCAAUUGUACGUUCUCGAGUGUCUAAUAAUACAGACCAACAAACACCUUUACCUAUCCAUCGUGAUGAGGAUGUUCAAUCAGUAUCACUAAAUAAAAAUCGAGAAAAAAAAACAAGCCAUGGAAAUAUUCCUUUGCAAACAAUUGAAAACAAACUUGUAUCUCAACGCAAAGCACUUAACAACGAAACUCAAGUUAGUAGUUAUCCUUCAACGACCUGUGCUCAGUCAGCUCCAUCAACUAUUAAUGCAUGUUGUGCUCCAGCAUCUCCACAGGUCUAUUAUGUCGAUGACUGUUGUAGUCCGUCGACAAUCAAUUGUGGAUCGAAUAAUUGUAUGGUUCAACAAUGUGGAUCAAUUGUUUGUUGUCCUCAAGAACAAGAACAACAACAAAUAAUCAUAUGUAACAAUUCAAUGCCGUCGCAGAAUUAUUGUUGUUCAUCGUCGAAUAAUAAUUGUAUUCAACAAGAAUAUAUUUGUGUUGAUAAUACAUCGAAUUUGUCUUGUUGCAAUCCUACAACAAUAGGUUCGUGUAAUCAAAUUUAUCUAUGUGAGCCACAAAGACAAACGCCAGGAACUGCAAGUAUUGUUCUUCAACAACAACCUCAACAGAUACAAAUUAUUCAAAAUUCACAACCGGCAACUGCACAAUAUCUUCAAAUAUCUUCAGCCUCUCCGCAAGUGAUACAAACCGUUGAAAGACCCAUCGGUCAAAAUAUUGGAGGUGGCCCACAAAUUCUUUAUCAACGUCCGUACGAUGCUUUGGCCGCACCAGCUCAACAGAACCAAUUUGUUACUGCAAACAAUUCCAAUCUAGCAUUGAGUCAACCAUCCUAUGCACGAACACAACCAAACAUGUUUCGUCAUGCUCUUGUUCGCACUGUUGCUAACAAAACAGGUUUACCAUUACCAAUACAAUACAUCGGUCGCGUUCCAUUGACACAAUCACCAUCGAAUAAUCCAAUGGGUGGAGUGCUACAGUCUAGUCCUGCAAGUCCUCUAAUUACUGGUGCUUCGCAGGGAUCGACAUCCUUGCCAAUCGUACCACUUACUCCAGGUGGUUUACUUAUUCCAUUUGAGCCAAAUGAAUCGUCACAAAGCAUGAUGCGUGGUGGACUUCCUCGAACGAGUCGUUAUUUUGGAACUCAAACAAAUGUCGAUAGUAUUCUACGACAGAUACAACACCGUGCUAACCUUUUAGCUAAUUGGCAACAACAAAUAAAUUCGAAUCAGAUAUCAUCGACUCCUGUGCGUUCUCGAAACACGACAAAUCCCUCAUUACCUGUAUUUACAUCAAAUUUACCGCAAUCACUAUCUUCAUCUACAAUUAAUUCACCACGUCUACCUUCUACAUUUCCGUCGAACACCGUACUACCUCAACCGAUAGUAAACAGAUCACAAACUCCACUCAGAAAUUCAAAUAUUUUUGGUUCAUCCAGUAGUAGUAGUAAUUCAAGUAAAUCAUUAUCAUCAUCAUCAUCUCUAGCACGAAAAACACCGAAUCGAACACCGUCAACAGCAGGUCUCUUUGUACAGCCGUCCUUCGCUAGUUCACGUGGCGAAUCGAUUAUAUCGAGACCGUCAGCUGUCUAUCAAUCGUUUCAACCCUGA